AUGUACCUACAUAUUUCAUUAAAAUUCAAUUCUUUUAAGGCUCUCAAUUUGCAUCAUUAUGUAAUAUCAACAACUUUUUUAAUUAAAUCCCAAUACAAAUCAAAACAGAUUCUAAAUACUUUAACCUAUGUGUUCAGAAUUUUAUCUGAUGUUAUUGUUGAGGGUUUAAGUGAUAACAGUAUUCCCGAAGUUAUAAGGUCGAGAGUAUUCUCUAAAAUGGAUUUAUGA